GUGAAGGAGACAGCUCUGUUUCCUCCGGAGGGGUGGUGGUGGUGUCACUUCCUCCCCAUCAGUCCUAAGGAAGAACCUUCAGAUCUCCCAUUCCACAGCAAGUUUCUCUAGGACACCCUCUCAUAAAACUGCAAGGACAGCCAAGCUUUUGGAUCGUUAGUAAUGCCACAGGGGAAAACGACGAGCUUAAACUGGUCCAAGAUGAGGGUGCCCCUUCUCCUGCUCCUGGCUUCUUCUCUGCAUGCCACAAGACCACUGGGUGACAAGGCCUUCCCAAAGAGAGAGGCCCGGAGGGUUUCAUCAUGUGUGCGAUGCUGCGGUCCGGCUGAGCAGCCCAGCUCCAUCACCGCUUCCCGCUACACUCGGAUGACCAGCGACUCCCUCUAUGCCAUGCCCAGGAUCCAGCCCACUAUCAACAUCACAAUCUUGAAAGGUGAAAAAGGUGAAAUGGGAGAGCGAGGAAUUUCUGGCCCAGAAGGCAAAGCGGGUGAACGAGGCCUUCGUGGUCAUAGCGGCCAGAAAGGGCAAAAGGGCCACAUUGGGCUACCAGGCAACUCCUGCAAGCAACAUUACGUAGCCUUUUCUGUGGGCCGGCGGAAACCCCUCCACAGUUCUGACUACUACCAGCACGUCACUUUCGACACUGAGUUUGUCAACCUCUAUAAACACUUCAACAUGUUCACGGGGAAGUUCUUCUGCUAUGUGCCAGGGGUCUACUUCUUCAACCUCAAUGUCCACACCUGGAACUACAAGGAAACCUACCUCCACAUCAUGAAGAACGACAACGAGGUGGCCAUUCUCUACUCACAGCCCAGCGAGCGGAGCAUUAUGCAGAGCCAGAGCCUCAUGCUCGACCUCCUCGAAGGGGAUGAGGUUUGGGUGCGGAUGUUCAAGCGGGAGAGGGAGAACGGCAUCUACAGUGAGGAGUCGGACAUCUAUAUCACCUUCAAUGGCCAUUUGAUUAAGCCGGCCGUCGAGUAACAGGCUCCAGGUCUAACAUAGGAUAAGUGGUCCCACCUGUUCUCUCAAGGGGGCAUGUCCAUGAACUGCUUACCUACAUGGGGUCCAAGAGAAAUUUGGAAGGGUAACCCAUGAACAAGUGCUUUGAGGCUUGCUGUUUCCACCAGGCCCUCAUUUGCACCGUAAAGCAGUAUCAUACCACUUGAGACAGCCAUGUCUUCUCCCAAGGAAUCCUGGGAAGUACAGUUUGUGGUUGUUGAGAGACCCCUAUUCCCCUCCAUUAGCUACAGCACCCAGACUUUUCAAUUUGAUUGUCCCACACUUGUUUGUUGUUGUUAUUUUUCUGUUUGUUUUAUA